CGGCUCCCGCGGCCCCCGCGCCGCCCGGACACGCCCCCUCCGCUCACGUGCCGCGGCACGGAGCCAGCCCGACGGGGGCUCGGAGGGCCCAGGCCAGCUUACGGACCAUGUCCUCUCCGUACUGCAUCUCACUGGGGGAUGUUGAAGCUGCACAGACAAGUCUCCAUGGCCUUAUCCACCUCACCCCUAUCCUAACCAGUUCCAGCCUAGACGAGUUAGCUGGCCACAGACUCUUUUUCAAGUGUGAGCUCUUCCAGAAGACUGGCUCCUUUAAGAUCCGUGGUGCACUGAAUGCCGUCAGAAGUCUGGUUCGUGCAGCCCAGGGUGACAGAGAGCAGCCCAAGGCUGUUGUACACAGUAGUGGGAACCAUGGCCAAGCUCUUGCCUUUGCAGCUAAAGUGGAAGGGGUUCCUGCCUAUGCCGUGGUGCCUUGCACAGCGCCACUCUGUAAGAAAGCUGCCAUCUGCUCCUAUGGAGCCAGGCUGAUACUAUGUGAGCCCACUGAUGAGUCGCGAGUGGAGGUGGCAGCUCAGACAGUUCAGGAGAAGGAAGGUGCUGUGAUUGCAGGCCAAGGCACUAUAGCACUGGAGGUGCUGCAGCAGGUACCCCAGAUAACUGCACUGGUGGUUCCCGUUGGAGGAGGAGGGAUGGUUGCUGGAAUAGCAGUGGCUGUCAAGGCUUUGAGACCAGACAUAAGAGUGUAUGCUGCUGAACCCUGCAAUGCAGAUGACUGCUAUAGAUCAAAGGUGACAGGGGAACUCACCCCCAACCUCCACCCCCCAGACACCAUAGCAGAUGGUGUUAAAACUAGCAUUGGACCGAACACCUGGCCUAUCAUUAAGGAUUUGGUGGACGAUGUGCUGACAGUCACAGAGGAGGAGAUCCAGCAAGCAAUGCAGCUGGUGUGGGAGAGGAUGAAGUUGCUUAUUGAGCCAACAGCUGGAGUGGGAGUGGCUGCUGUGCUCUCUGAGCAGUUUCGCUCAGUCUCCCAGGAAAUGAAGAAUAUUUACAUUGUGUUGUGUGGAGGAAAUGUAGACCUAGGCUCCCUGGCCUGGCUCAGCCCACCUGGCAAAGAGGCAAAUGGAAACUGAUCAGCCUUUAGAGCCACUUCUCCCAUUAGUGAGAAACUGGGCUGUUUCUUAGAGCCUGGUGCUGUGUUUACAC